AUCAAUUAAAAAAUGUCUUCUGUAUUUCUCUCCACAAGGGGACUUGGUUUCGAAUCCGAUGAAAGUUUCUGAUUACGAAAUCUUUACGAACAAUGCCAAUGGCAGCCGUCAACAAUAUCCAGACUCGUGUCGUUGAUCUUCAUUCUCCAUCUUCAUUGUCAGUUUCUGGAAAUGAUGAUUUCGGUGGGAGUUAUGAGGAUUGUGAGCUACUGCAGAAUACUUUGGCCUUUGAGGACAGUGUAGGAUCUGAUGAUAACCGCGUUGUUCGUUUGGAGAGUCCUCUCAUUGAUACAGAAAUGGUGGAUGAACUUGAUUGUUCGGAGAAUUUAUGCAUUCCUACUUUCGAGUAUGAGGAUGAUGUUGUGCUUGAUAGCGAGGAUGAAGGAAUUAAUGGUAGUCGAAUGAUUAGAGUUUCCAGCUCCCUGUCUAGAAAUGAAGCGGGACAGGAAGUUAAAAGUGAUGCACAAGAAGAGAAUAUGGCAUUGGACUUCCACUGUUAUGAUCAGAAGCCAUGCGAUACAGGGGAACAAGUUUCUUCAAAUUGUUUUAAUGGGGUUGACAUGGAGAAGGAUUCAUCUCAAUUUUCUGCAAGGUUAAGCUAUUGCAGUUCUCAAGAACCCGGAGAGUCAACCCAAGUCAAUGCUCUUGGCUUUGUGGAUCAUUUUGUAACUCUAAGUACUACAAAAUUAAAUCCUUCUCAAGGAAUUGGCCACAGAAAGCCUGCUAGAGUGCAAUCACCUCUUCUUUCAAGAAUUAAGGGACCUCAAAGUUUGGCAAAGAGAAUAGGUAGGAAGUCGAUUGACGUAACAAGGAGCUUUGAGUGGGUGGACAUUUACAACCAAGAACCAGAAUGCAACUCAUUUGGCAAGUGCAAAAAGGCAACUUGUGAUUUCGGUAAUUUCAGAGGACAGUCAUACACAACCAAGCCUCAUAAUAUCGCGAAACUGAGCAAUAAAGAAGGAGAUCGUUUGCUUAAAAAGUAUGAAGACGAGGAAGCAAGUGCAGGCAUUCAUUUCCAGAUUGAUUUAACUGCUUCAACUUUACCACAUCCAAGAUUAGAUAUCAAUUCAUUAGAGACAGAUGGGAUGAACAGCAUUGAAAUAGAGAAUAAGUCCAACAAGGAACCAAAUGCAAAAUUAGUAGAGGAACAGUUUGAAUCUACGGACGACCAGGGAGAUGCACUUGAGGAACUAGAUAUCGGUUUUAGUACUCAAAUAGCUGCUGAGGCAAUGGAAGCACUAUCUUAUAUCCCAAACAUUGACAAUCUUGCCAAUGCUUGCAGUCCAGAGAAUGCCCUCGAUAAUGUUUCAUGUUCUUUGGUAGAACAUAAACCACAUUUGAAUAAUUCUUAUCCUCAAAUUAUAGGUGGCGUCGAUAGGAAAUCAAAGCGAACACUGCAAUCUAAGAGGAAGCUUAAUGCAAAGUGUUUGAAUACAUCUCAGGCACAAUAUGACUGUCAGGAGCUAGUUUUGACAAAUAAGAGAAAAGCAAAAAGAAGUAGAUUGGCGGUGCAGGGACAGUUAAAUUAUAGAAAGUCUCCCGAUGGGGGAAAUUAUUCAGCCACAUCUUCCAAUCUACUCAGCGAUACAGGUAGUUGCCAACUGAGUCAGCGAGGUCUCACUAAUGGAGCUCAAGUUACCAUCACCCCUUUGAUGGUUGGUUUACGGAGCCAUCCCAGAAGGAGAAGAACACCUCGGAACAUCCAAAGUCAUCCAAAUAGAUCAAGCAAUCAGAACAACACUUCUUUAGCAGUUGAUGGAAGUUGCAACAACUCCACCUUAAUGAAAAAUGGGUCAGUAGGCAGAAAUUCCAACAGGAAGAAUACAUCAAGGUCCAGAUCAAAAUUUGAUGUUUAUCACAAAACAACACGUAACCUAAUGCUACCACAGUCAUCUUCGAAAGUGCUUGCAAGAUUAGGUGUCUCAGAGACGAUGCCUGAUCUGAGAUGGAAAGAUUUGAGGAGAAGAAGAACAAUGGCUUUGGUAAGAGUAUGCUUUAGCCAGCAUUUGGAUGAAGUUACCCUCAAGCAACAAAAAAAGGUUGUCUUACAACUGGGUAUAUCAAUUGCAUCGAGCUCUGUAGAUGCCACACAUUUUGUAGCAGAUAAGUUCGUUCGUACGAGGAACAUGUUGGAGGCUAUUGCUCUUGGUAAACCAGUGGUUACGCAUUCAUGGCUUGAAAGUUGUGGACAAGCAAGCUGUUUUAUUGACGAAAAGAAUUAUAUUCUAAGAGAUACUAAGAAGGAGAAGGAAAUUGGUUUUAGCUUGCCUGUUUCCUUAUCUCGUGCUACCCAAUGUCCACUUCUACAGGGUUUCAAAGUCCUCGUCACCCCAAACACAAGACCUGGUAAAGAAAUCAUUGCUAGUUUGGUAAAGAUGUCUCAGGGUGAGCUUUUUGAGAGGAGUCAGAUUUUCACGGGGAAGGAUGAAAAGUUCCCCGACGAUCUACUUAUUCUUUCAUGCGAAGAAGAUUAUCCAGAUUGUGUUCCUUUCCUCAGAAAAGGAGCAAAAGUUUACAGUUCCGAGCUUCUACUGAAUGGGAUAGUUAUCCAGAAACUUGAAAACAAACGGCAUGAGCUCUUCAUAGACUGCAGGAAAGGUUCUGGCCCACAACCAAAACCAGUAGAGAAGUAGAAUUACUUGCUCUUCCAUUGAAAUGGAAGUAAAAAUGGCCGAUGGGUACGUAUUUCCACCCUAAAAGAUAAUCCUCCAUAUCCAUUGGGUACGUAUUUCCACCCUAAAAGAUAAUCCUCCAUAUCUUCGAGCAUUUUGGAAGAUUCAAGCUCCACAUAAUUUUCUUUCUAUUGUGAAUAUUCAUCAAUCCAAAAUUUUCUGGGCAAAAUUUUCUAUCAUGAAUAUCCAUCCCUCCAUAAUUUUGUGUGCUUCAUUUUUCUUCUG